AUGUCCGACUUCAAGAAGACUGAUGAGGCGGACGUACAGAGCUCCGACAGUGUGGAGCAGAAGGGCGAUGCUGUCUCUGGGGAGAUUCGAGAUAUCGGAGCCGACCUCUAUGCAGAGGGCGAACAAUUGACAGCCGAGGAGCUGGAGGAAGAGGGAAAAGUUGUGCGCAAGCUGUUGGAUCGGCGGAUCUUACCUAUGCUAUAUCUGACAUAUGUCCUGCAGUUUCUGGACAAGCUGUCGCUGAACUAUGCCUCUGCGUAUACUCUGAUCCCGGACCUGGGUCUCGAAGGUCAGAGAUACUCCUGGGUUGCAGCCAUCUUCAAUUUUGGCUACCUCUUCUGGGCCAUUCCCGCAAACCUCUUGAUCCAGCGAUUGCCUCUGGCAAAGUACAUGGGCGUGGUCAUCAUAAUCUGGGCCGGACUUGUCAUCGCCCACGUCGGUGCUAAGAAUUAUGCGGGGAUUCUUGUUCUGAGAUUCCUGCUGGGCAUGGCUGAGGCAUGUGUCAGCCCGUGCAUGAUGAACUUCACAUCCAUGUUCUACAAGCGAUCCGAACAACCGCUGCGGAUGAGUCUUUGGCUGUCCGGAAACGGCAUGGCCACGAUGGUUGGAGCCCUGCUUGGAUUCGGACUGGGCCACUCGCACAACACCAGCCUGCAUAGCUGGCAGCUCAUCUUCCUGACCAUCGGACUGAUCAACCUCUUGACCGGCUGCCUGUUCCUCUGGCUGAUGCCCGAUUCACCCAGCACAGCGAAGUUCCUCACCCAUCGGCAACGCGUCGUGGCGGUCCAGCGCGUGUCAGAGAACAUGAUCGGCGUCAAGACCAAGCAGAUCAAGCCGCGCCAGGCGGUGGAAGCCAUCUACGACCCCAAAGUCAUCUUCUGUGUGUGCAUCGGAAUCGGCUGCGGCGUCAUCAACGGCGGGGUCUCGAACUUUGCCUCGUCCCUCAUCAAGGGCUUCGGCUUCGACGGCAUCUACGCGACGCUUCUCCAGCUCCCCACGGGAGCCAUCGAAGUGGUCGUGGUGCCCAUCUGCGGCUUGAUCUCGACAUAUGUGCGCGACUCGCGCUGCAUCGUCCUCGCCGUUGUGUGUCUCAUCCCGUUCGGCGGCCUCCUCGGCAUCCGAUUCACCAGCCUCGAGCACCGCUGGACCCUGGUCGGCUGCACCUGGCUGCAGUACAUCGUCGGGGCACCGGUCAUCGUGUCGUGGAAUCUGCUCGCCACCAACGUGGGCGGACACACGAAGCGCUCGAUGGCCAACGGCCUGUGGUUCACCAUGUACGCGGCCGGCAACGUCGCGGGAGCCAACAUCUUCUUCGCGCGCGAGAAGCCCCGCUAUCAGUCCGCCCUGCUGGGACUCCUGAUCUGCUACGCCGGGAUGAUCGUGCUGGCCGGCGCAGCGUACUUCUACAUGAAGUGGGAAAACAAGCGGCGGGACAGGAGGGCUCCUGCAGGCGAGAGCCCCAGCAUGCGCGAGGAAGCCGCCGUCCUCGAUGGCUUCAAGGAUCUGACGGAUAUGCAGUCGAAGAACUUCCGUUAUGCUUUAUAG